UUAUAUAUUAGCAUAUGGAGUGAUAAUUUACUCUUUACUUAAUUGGCUGAUCAAAGAAACUGUAUUAGUAGCGACCACGUCUAGCAGCAGCAGGCAACGUCAACACUCUGCAUCCUUCUCUGCCUCGGAUCCGCCGCCGCCCAGCUCAUCUCCGGCCUUUGGCAACGCCGGCGUUGCCGCCCCAACCCGCGAACUAUCUCCCGUGGGCUAGGUCUGCCCCUCCCCUCCACCCUCGGCUCCCCGUCCACCGCGCCGAGCGGCGAAGCGAGCAGCUGAGGUCGGGAUUGCCACCUGAGAUUGUUGAUGGAGCAGCGGCGGGCAGAAUCACCAAUUCCUGCUGAUGGAGCAGCGGCGAGCAAGCUGGAGGAGCUGGAGCUGCCUACGCUGGACCUUGAGGAGGAGUCCGGUCUGACGGAGGCGCUGGCGGCGGCGUGCCGGGAUCUGGGCGUCUUCCGGCUGGCCAACCACGGCAUCCCGGCAGACCUCUCAGACCGCUUAUUCAGUCUCACCCGCCAUCUCCUGGAGGAGCCGGACGCGGAGAAGAAGGCCAAGCUCCCGGGCUACUUCUCGGGCACGCCCGCGCUCUCGCUCCGCGUCAAGGAGCUCAACUGGGUCGAGGGAUUCCACGUCGCCCCCGCCGCCGCUGACGCCGAUCCUGAUCCCACCGCCGCGGACGACGACAUCGGCGGCGAGUUCGGCUCGUUCAGGGAGGUGACGGCGGAGUACGUGUCCCGCAUGGCGCGGAUCGCACGCAAGCUGUUCGACGCAAUGGACCUAGGCCUGGACGCGUCCCAGAGGGCAUCCUACCUUGCCGAGCACGACGGCACCUUCCGCGCGUACCGCUACCCGGCGUGCCCCGCCGGCGGCCACAUCGGGAUGGAGGCGCACACGGACAGCUCCGUGCUGUCCAUCCUGAACCAGCAGGACCUGCAGGAGAGCAGCCUGCAGGUGCUGCUGCGGCCGCAGGGAACGUGGCGCAGCGUGCAGCCCGUGGAGGGGACGCUGGUGGUGAACAUCGGCGACAUGAUGCAGGCCAUCACCGGCGACGCGUACCGGAGCGUGGAGCACAGGGUGGUGCCGCUGCCGGACACCGACCGGAUGUCGCUCUGCUACUUUGCGUUCCCGCAGGACGACGCCGUCAUUUCUGGUUGUGGUGAGGAUGAUGGGGAGAAGGGAAGCUGUUAUAGGCCAUUCAGCUACAGGGAGUUCCGGGAGCAGGUGCAGGCUGAUAUCAAGGCCACCGGCGCCAAGGUCGGGCUCGCCCGCUUCCGCCGUGGAGCCUCGGCACCUGAAUUGGCGUCGGCAAUUGGAACUGAAGCCGGCCUUUGAAUCGACAGGAGGUUUCUCUUCCGUCCUGCAGUGGAACCUCCCUGGCUGUCCAACCCGGAACAUCGAUGGAUUACAACUUUUUGGAGGAAGUUCCUCUUUUGAUUUAUUUAUUUAUUUAUUUUGGGGGGGGGGAGGGGUGGAGAAAGUUUCUCUUCCGUCCGCAGCAUCGCCAUUGCCAUUGUGGAGCAGCUCAUACUUGUGUACCUGUCGUGUGAGAUGUGGCCGACUGAGAUGUGUAUGGUACUAUCUACCAAACCUGAAUUUCUCCACAAGCUGGAUCGGUGGAUCAUGUGUAUGAAUUACUGUAAGCUUGUAGCAUUUUCAAGCCUUAUUAAACCGAGCUUAAACUUAUUCUUAAUGUGUGUUUGACUGAC